GAGGCUUCGUUGGGAGGUGUGCUGUGACCUGGCUUUGGCUUAGCGUAAUGCAGCGCGGCAAACUCUUACAGUAGAUGAUUCAAGGCGUCGUGAAGCUAAAGUGAAUAACCUUUUUGCCAUACCCGCCAAUGGUGGUGGCUUCGCAUGGCUUUGUCGCGGAUCUGUCUUGCAUUCACCCGUAUAUCAUGCUACAACGGUCGAAUAGUACGGUCCGUUUCCAACACUUAAAGCAGCGAACUCAUGGCUUCAAAAACUAUGUUACUGCUCACCGCAAGAGCUUUUCUGCCCGACGCUGACGUCCCUGCUAGUCCGAUACCAUCACUCACCGCAUAGGUUUGCCAUUCCUAACACUGCUAUGAUAAAAUCGACCGGUCUCAUGCCGCCCAGAUAAUCCUUCCCGGCACUCUGCACGGGGCGAGCAUAUGUCGCUCAACGGACAAGAGACAUGAUUCCACGAACCACGGACGGCUUCUGCCAUCGGGAGCGAGGCCGCGCCCGCCGAGCAGUCACGAUCGGUGCCCCGUCGACCAGGAUGCAGGAGUCGGCCAGCUACAUGCGCGCCGUAGCGGCCGAGAUGGAACCAGUGACGUCAUCGUCCAAAGAGCAGAUCUCGGCCGAAGAGAACUUCUCCAUCCGACGCUCAAACCUGCCAAGCACGUGUUUGCUUCACUACGACAAGGCGCCGCUGCGGCUGUCCAGUGCCAAGUUCCAAUACCUGUACGACGACAGGGGAAACGAGUACAUCGACUGCGCAGGUAGUGUGUCGCACGUGGGCCACUGUCACCCGGCGCUGGUGGCUGCUUCCCGUAGUCACGUCGGCUCGCUGUUCACGGCCUUCCGUGACCUCUCGCUGACCUCUGACCUGGCCGAGUACCCGGGCCGGCUGCUGGCCACAUGCCCGGCAGGCUUUGACACGGCCCUCUUCACGUCUACCGGAUCGGAGGCAAUCGACCUUUCGCUGCAGCUGGCCCGCGGCGCCACCAGCCGCCAGGACGUGGUCGUUGUCGACAACUGCUUCCACGGCUGCCUCAGCACCACCAUCGAGCUGUCGCCCCGCGAGCUGAAGCGCAAGGAGCAGGAGCCCAAGGAGUGGGUGCACGUGGUGCCAAUGCCUGACAUGUACCGGGGGCCGCACGCCGGCAAGGAAGACGCCGCCGAACUGUACUUCCAGGACGCCAAGCGCGUGAUUGAGGCGGCCAUCCAGCGUGGCAGACAGAUCGCCUGCUUCCUCAGCGAGCCCGUGUUCACGGCCGCCGGCAUGGCUGUGCCGCCCCGGGGCUGGCUGAAGAAAAUGCACGACUACAUCCACAGCAUCGGCGCGCUCACCAUUGUGGAUGAGAUGUGCACGGCACUGGGUCGGAACGGCUCCACCUUCUGGGGCUUCCAGCGCGAGCAGGGCACUCCCGACUUCAUCUGCUGCGGCAAACCCAUUGGUAACGGGUACCCGAUGGCGGCCGCGCUCACCCGCAAGACCAUUCUCAACGCCGUCCGGGAGCCCGACCUCACAGAGAGGUACCGUCCGACGCCGCUGGUGUGCGCCAUCGGAAGCAGGGUUCUGCAGGUAAUGGAACGCGAGGACCUGAUGGCCAAGGCCAAGCGGAUUGGCCGGAUGCUGAAGAAGGAGCUGCUGCUGCUCAAGAACAAACACGGCCACAUUGGCGACGUGCGGGGAGAGGGUCUGCAGAUGGGAGUGGAGUUCGUCAACAGCCAGGCGGAGAAGAAGCCCGACAGGGAGGUGUGUCAGUGUGUCAUCUACAGGCUGAAGGAGGACGAACGGAUCGUGGCCGCCGCCGAGGGCGAGUUCCGCAACGUCAUGUACGUGACGCCACCGCUGUGCUUCUCCGAGGAGAACGCCCGCAGGCUGGUGACCUCGCUGGAUCGGGUGCUAACCCAGCUGCACACGCACGGCACCGACAUCGGCUUCAGCUCGCUCGGCGCGUCCUCCCUUCAGCCAGCCACCUGGGCUGCCGAGCUGGACAUCACCGCUUACGAAGACGUUGACUGAAUUUGUCCCGUAACAUGAUCGGAGCCAAACGACGUCAUGGUGUCGCCAUUCUCAAGUAAAGCGCUUUCUUUUGCUGUGGGAAUUCAGCAUCUGGACCGUCGUAGCCACUAUGUAUGCGUAUGGGGCACUUCGCGUUGGAAAUAAUCGUCACCGUGUCCAGUUGACUAGGCUCGCCGAGCUCUCCAUGACACGGUUGCUUAUAUUUUUACGUGGUUCUGGUAACCUGGAUCCCUUGAGCAGUCAGCGAAUCCUGACUCUGAUUGCGAUGUCACUGUACAUGCUGCCAUUAUUAACUGGUGAUGAAGUGAUUCCACCGAUUUUGGUUCCCGCACGCGAGAGCAAACCGCCCACCCCGCCAUCUAUGGCCGGCCCGCCGUACUUUCGUUUCUCCUCAUUCCCGCCGCGCGAUGAUGUGCACGAGGAGAAAGACGCCAGCAAGCGUGCACAGAAUGUGAUCUUGCCUACAAUUAGCACCCGCAUGCGCAGUUCCGAGUGCCAGUGUGUGGCAUGUGCGGGGUCCUGAUUAAUAUUUGAUGAUGAUGAUGGGGAUGAGCAUGCGAUGACGAUGAUGCGUGCGUCACGCGUGGUAUUCGGUGCCUCAGCCUGGCUGACUGUAGCGUGCUGCUGUUAUGCUGGUUUGUCCGACGCCGAGCGGCGCGCAAAGCCCUCACAGGUGCGACUUGUGUACCGGUAGGGGCACACUCCCUGGCUUUGUGAGCAGCACGCCAUACCAAACGCUGUAAAAAAUUAAGUUCAGCUCAUGUGAGAGUAUGAACUCCGUCACUGGCAUUCACUGUUGCGUUGCACCGUGUGUACAUAACUUUAAUACUUGUGGAAUAUUUAAAGCUGGUGCAUCGACUUGGCAGAACCCCCCACUCGACUGCUGGCCUGGAGGUGGGCUGGUUAGCCCAGCUGCAUUGGCUUCCGAAGUGUCGCUCGAGCCAAAUCUUUUUUUCGACGCGAGCUCAUGCUGACAGCAGACAUUUCAGUCAAAAGCACGAGCGUUCGUGGUGAAAAUCGUUUACACCAAUAAGCACAGCCACCCUCUGUGUUUGCUGUGUUUGACAUACGCCCGGGUAGGUGUUCGACGUCUUUAUCGUGUCUCAACGCGCUGAAACGAGUCAAUGUUGUUGGCUCGUUGACACGAGCUAACAGCAGUAACAACACACUGAAGCGCGUCAGUACUGUUGACUCGUUUCAGCGUGGCCUGCGCGGCGCCGACAGUGUGGUCGAGCUGUUCAGACCACGGCCCGUUCUGUGUUGUAGCUCUGUUGCGGCGUGUGGGCGGAGGGGCCCGUGGUGGUGAGCCACGUUCUGAACGGUCUGAGUGGUGACCGUGGCGCGCAUCCGAUCAGGGAAACAGUGAUAUCAACCGACAGGCACAGCCCAAUUGCGAGCGUCGCCGGAGGCUGUGGUCGGUCUGUGGACCCGGUCUUCACUGGGUUACCACGUGAUCGGCCACAUUCCUGCUAUUCUUUUAUCUUCCGUGUUUUUAACCCCGCCCCGCCUUGCCAUCGCUCGAGGCCGGUUCGAAUGUGUGACUUCUGUUCGCUGUCGGCAGUGUACAAAGAAUCGCCGGCAGACAACUGAGCGCGUGAGUGUACACCGCGUGUGCACUAACGAGUGCUCGCCGUUUUGUUGUAUUGCCCGCGCCGUCGGUGUACAAAAAGUGUAAUAAAUACCUCAUGUCCGGCCGGUGCUGUCCGUUGGUUGACACUGGCCGCGGUCUGUUUAGUGUUUAUUGCGGUCGCUGGCCUCUCAGCCUCGGCGAGGAAGGGCGCGUCAGGUGUCACCGGCCGCCUGCGCCUCGGCCUGGUCCACGCGGGACAGGCGCAGGCGGGCAGCGAGCAGCCUGUGGCGGCGCCACUGCAGCCCACCGCGCAGCUAUGGAGAGAGACAGACAGACGGAAAAAA